AUGAAGACAGCACUCAUCCUCGCACUCGCUGCUGGCUCCCUCAGCGCUCCAACACCCACCAUCAAAUCUCGCCAGUUCAACCUCGGCGAUCUCAUAGCACCAGGCUCAGGAGGCCUCCUCGGCGACGGUCCUGGCAGCGGCUCCGACCUAGGCGACCUCUUCGGCGGCUCGUCCGGCUCGUCAUCCUCUUCUAGCCCUACCCCCUCAUCAACUGCCGGCGGCUCCGAUGACGGGUUCGACCUAUCUGACUGGUUCCCCGGCUCCUCUUCAGCCUUUAAGAAGCUUCCCCGUGAUGGAGGCCUCGGCGGACUGGGAAAGCUACCCGGGACAGGCUCAUCUAGCGGUUCUGACAGCGGUUCCGAUAGCGGGUUCAACCUAGGCGACCUCUUCGGUGGUGCGUCCGGUUCAUCCUCCGGCUCUGCCCCGUCGCCGAGCUCCACUGGCGCCUCUAGCGGCGGUUCUGACUCGUCUGAUUCCUCGUCCGGUAGCAGCGGCCUCGGCGGUCUCAGCGGGCUCAGCGGGCUCAUGGGAGGUGGCUCCGACAGUUCUGAUUCCUCUGAUUCCUCCGGUUCCUCCGACUCCUCUGACUCUUCCGACUCGUCCAGCUCGUCUGGCUCUGGAUCCUCCGACUCCUCAUCCGGUAGCGGUGGACUAGGUAGCCUCCUUGGAGGCUCCUCCACGUCGAACGACGUCUCCGACAACAACGGCUGCAAAAAGGUGACCUUCAUCUUCGCCCGCGGCACCACCGAGAUUGGCAACAUGGGCAGCGUUGUCGGCCCCAAGGUCGGCGAGGAGCUGAACUCGCUCACCAACAACGGAUGCGCCGUUCAGGGUGUUGACUACCCUGCUGAUGCCGCUGGAAACGCAAACAUGGGCGCCUCCGGUGGCCCCAAAAUGGCUGAGCUCGUGCAGACGGCACUCAAGCAGUGCCCAGACACCAAGGUCGUUCUAGGCGGCUACUCACAGGGCGCAAUGGUCGUGCACAAUGCGGACAAGAAGUUGGAGUCUGGCCAGGUCGUUGGUGCUGUGACCUUCGGUGACCCCUUCAAGGCGCAGAAGCCCAGCAACAUCGAGCAGUUCAAGACCUUCUGUGCUAGCGGCGACCCUGUUUGCCUUGAUGGCGGAAAUGUCAUGGCUCAUCUGAGCUAUGGUGGCAAUGCGAAGGAGGCCGCGCAGUUCCUUGCCAAAGCUGCUGGGGUCUAA